AAACAAAACAAAAAUUGAAAAUAAUCGUAAAACGCAAAAGACUUCGGCAGCGCCAAACCAUCAUGAAUCUGGCGAAAGUUUAUCACCAAUUUCAGUCCAAACGGUCGCAAAUUUUAAAAAUACUGACGCUAUGUGAUUCAAAAAACCAUCCGAUACGUCACUGCUCGUCGAACGCAACCCCAGCCGGGUUGCCAAAAGUGCCAUCAUCGUCCCCCACCGGACAGGAACCGCUAGAUUUAUCGAAACCAAUCAUCUCUUACGGACAACCGAUGUCCAGCACCCAUCCACACCUGCUACACGAAGAUGAACUGAUCCCGGGAAUCCGCCUCGCAGAGAUCCAGGCCCGUCGUCGAGCCCUGCUCGCCAUGGUCCGAAACUACGCUGCCACCGGAUUGGAUAGGAACAUCAAGGAGCACAUUGUCGUCAUCCCAUCGGCGAACAAAAAGUACAUGAGCGAUAAAAUUCCGUACGUGUUCCGACAGAAUACGGACUUUCUGUAUCUGAGUGGAUGUCUCGAGCCGGAUACUGUUCUGACGUUGGAGGUGGACAGUAACGGGAAUGAGAAGAGUACUCUCUUCGUGCGACCGAAGGAUAGCCAUGCGGAACUGUGGGAUGGCCCUCGGACAGGUGUGGAACGUUCUCCGCACGUUUUUGGGGUGGAUCAAGCUAUCGAUGUGAACGAUUUGAAAGGAUAUUUGAUAAAGUACUCGUUCGCUCACCCACAGGGACUGGUUUGGUUUGAUGCGAAAGUUUGCGAUUUGGAGGAUGUGCGGAAGAUCGUUGGGGAUGUCAGCAAAUCGGAGGUGAACCGUUCUCCGGUGGCGUUGAUCCAUAAGCUGAGGGUGGUGAAAACGCCGGCGGAGAGGGAGCUGAUGAGAAGAACUUGUCAGAUUGCUUCGGCUGCCAUCAAUCGGACCAUCCAGGAAAGUAGAGCCGGACAGAGCGAGCAUCAGUUGUUCGCAAAGGUGGACUUCUUCAGUCGGAUGGCCGGGGCAAACUACAUGGCGUACCCUCCGGUGGUGGCCGGAGGUUCGAAUGCUACUGUGAUACACUAUGUGAAUAAUAAUCAGAUCGUGAGGGACGGCGAGAUGGUCCUGAUGGAUGCCGGGUGCGAGUACGGUGGUUAUACCAGUGACAUCACGAGAACGUGGCCCAUCAAUGGGGAGUUCAGCGAACCGCAGAGGAUACUGUACGAGCUGCUGUCGCAGGUGCAGCGGGAGCUGCUCGAAAGUCUGCAGAGUACCGGAGGGGAAACGUUGGAUCAGCUGUUCGACACGAUGUGCCUCAAGUUGGGAAAGUACCUGCAGGAAGUUGGACUGAUUCCGAGGGCUGUGCAGGGGGUGGAGCUGGGUCGGGCGGCGUAUAAGUUCUGUCCGCAUCACGUGUCUCAUUACUUGGGGAUGGACGUGCACGAUACGCCGAUGAUUUCCAGGAGCAUUACGUUGGUUCCGGGCAUGGUGUGUACGGUUGAGCCGGGCAUCUACAUCAGCCAUCGACGGAAGGACGUCCCACCGGAGUUCCGAGGACUGGGGCUGCGAAUCGAAGACGACGUCCUGAUCAAACCGGACAACCAGAUCGAAGUGCUAACCGAGGGUUGCGUCAAGGACAUCCGACAGAUUGAGGCUCUCAUCGGAUCGUGAACAGAUGCCUUUUUUUUCUAAACUGAUGAUACUUGCGAACCAAAACCC